CAUACCUUGUUGCUAAGGUAACUGUCCCGCGCUGUAAUGUUUAUGGAGUUCGUACGCUGUAUAUUUCCUUAAGGCAUUCGCUCUGUUUAAUAUACGAUAAAGAUGACUUCUUAUGAUGCGGACAGCUUUGACUUUAAAUCUUUGGAUAAAGAACUUAAAACUGCUGUGGAACUAGAUGAAAAAUAUUGGAGGGAAAAUGAUGCCAAAUUUCGAGCUGUGAGACAGAAAGUUGCAAGUUAUGAAGAAUUCAGGGAUAUCGUAGAGGCUUCCCAUUUGAAACCACUUGGAAAGGAGGACAAAAUCCAAGAGAAAUUCAAGCAAUCAUGGAAUACAGUCGCUAAAUCUUGCAAUUCUCAACAAGUGGCAACAACUUGUGAGAAAACAGAGACCCAGGUUCCCAUUAAAAUACCAAAGACUUCCCAUGAAUUUGUGAGAGAAUGGUGCCGCCAUAAAAAUUCCAAGCAGUCCCAAUAUGAGAUGCUAAUGCUGAUAACAACUGAGCAACUGGCUGCUCAGUUCAAAACUGAAAUACCCAAUGGACUUUUAGGAGAAAUAUUAUGUGUUCUUAAAGAAUAUUAUUCUAAAGAGAACCACUUGGCAAUUAUUGAAAUUCUAGACAUUCUUAGUCAGUCUUCAAGAUUUUCCUUAUGUCUACAAUUUAUGAAUGCAAAUGAACUAAAAGAAUGUCAUAAUUUGUUUAAGAAACUGUCCUCUGAUAUUUCCCAAAAAGACGAUAUUGAGUCAAAAGAAAGAUUUCAGGUGUUGAAAAAGAAAUAUUCUAUUGAUGAAUAAAUUGACCCCACCCUCAACCAGUCAAAAGCACAGUUCCCAAUGCAGAAACCACUAAAUGGUGCAAUUAUGCAUUA